AUGAAUAAUUCUGAUUCUCCACCACCACCUCCUCCCCCACCGGAGCUAUUUGAGCCCGAUGGCAUGGAGCUUCCGCCACCCCCACCACCUCCAUUAGAUGAUAAUGAUGAUAACAUGUUACCACCACCUCCUCCCCCGGGUCUUGACGAUGAUGCAGAUUUCAUGGAGCAACCACCACCGCCACCUUCACCAUCAAUGCCACCGCCUCUCCCCCCACCAACAAUUAAUGAUGGAAAUGAUAAAAUGAACAAUUUAGAUAAUGUGCUUAAUGGGAAGCUGCCGAAUGGGAUGAAAAGGAAAUUAGAGGAUGGAAAGGUUUCCAAGGUUAGCCGCAAAAAGUUGAAAAAGCUCAAGAAAUCUGGAAGGGGCCAAGUUCAAGCUCAAAAGCCUGAGUUACCACCCGAACAUUUAAGAAAGAUUAUUGAAAGCCAUACGGAUAUGACAUCGAAAAGAUUCAAUCACGAGAAGAGAGCUUUCUUGGGAGCUUUGAAGUACAUGCCUCACGCAAUUUUGAAACUUUUAGAAAAUAUGCCACAACCCUGGGAACAAGUAAAAACGGUCAAGGUGCUUUAUCACGCUACGGGCGCCAUCACUUUCGUCAACGAGAUUCCAAGAGUCAUCGAACCUGUAUACAUUGCUCAAUGGUCGACUAUGUGGCUUGCCAUGAGAAGGGAAAAGCGUGACAGAACUCAUUUCAAGAGGAUGAGAUUCCCUCCUUUUGAUGACGAUGAACCGCCAGUAUCCUAUUCCGACAAUAUUCAAACGCUAGAGCCCCCAAAUCCAAUAUACUUGCAACUGGACAAUUAUGAGGAUAAAUUGGUAAAAGAAUGGCUUUACGACUCAAAGCCGCUUAUAAAUAACCAGGGAAAAGUUAAUGGAACAUCUUACAAGACAUGGUAUCUUUCGCCACAAAUUAUGGCUAAUUUAAACAGACUAUCCACCCCUCUUAAGAGUGAAAUUCAUGAUGAUAACCAUUACUAUCUUUUUGAUAAGAAAUCUUUUUUUACAUCCAAAGCAUUGAAUAAUGCUAUACCGGGUGGUCCCAAAUUUGAACCACUGUAUCCCCACGAGGAAGAAGAGGAUUACAAUGAAUUUAAUUCGAUCGAUAGAAUCAUUUUCAGAGUUCAGAUACGAAGUGAAUAUCGAAUAGCAUUUCCUCAUUUGUAUAACUCUCGUCCCCGUUCAGUGCAAAUGUCGUGGUACAGUAAACCAAUAUGUUGCCUCCCUAACAGAGAGGAAGAUCCUGAUUUACCCACUUUUUCCUUCGAUGUUAUGUUCAAUCCAAUUACAAGAACUCAGAACAAGAAGAAUCAAAGAUCGGAUAAUGAUGAAUUUACGUUGAAUGAAGAUUUCACAGCACUUAUGACAAACGAAGAGCUUGAGUUACCGGAGACCAAGGAUGCUUUUGACCUCUACCAUUCACCAUAUCCUUUCAAUAAAAACUCCGGAAGAAUGGUACGAGCUCAAGAUGUCACCCUGGUAAAAAAUUGGUACCUACAGAGAUCUGAUCAGGAUUUUCCGCUAAAGACGAGGGUAUCUUAUCAGAGAUUAUUAAAAUCACAUGUCUUUAACGAACUCAAGACUAAAAAGCCUGCUGACGUUAAAAAGGUAAAGCUACUUAAAAGCCUGAGAAAUACUAAAUAUUUUCAGCAAACGACUAUAGACUGGGUGGAAGCUGGUUUACAAUUAUGUCGGCAAGGUCAUAAUAUGUUAAAUCUCUUGAUUCAUCGUAAGGGAUUGACCUAUCUGCAUUUGGAUUACAACUUUAAUUUGAAACCAACCAAGACGUUAACCACAAAAGAGCGUAAAAAGUCAAGGUUUGGGAAUGCCUUUCACCUAAUGAGAGAGAUUUUGAAAAUGAUUAAACUGUUAGUAGAUGCUCAUGUUCAAUUUCGAUUAGGAAAUGUAGAUGCCUUUCAAUUGGCAGAUGCAAUCUAUUAUAUUUUCAACCAUCUAGGCCAUUUGACUGGGAUUUACAGGUACAAAUAUAAAGUCAUGCAUCAGAUACGUGCUUGUAAAGAUUUAAAGCACGUAGUCUAUCAUAGGUUUAAUAAAAUUAUUGGCAAGGGACCCGGAUGUGGGUUCUGGCAACCAGCUUGGAGAGUUUGGAUUUUCUUUAUGAGAGGAAUUAUCCCGCUAUUGGAAAGGUGGUUAGGAAACCUUUUGGUUCGUCAAUUUGAAGGACGUAAUAAUGAAAUAAUAAAAACCACCACUAAACAGCGAGCAGAUGCAUAUUUUGACCUGGAACUUAGAGCCUCUGUAAUGAAGGACAUCCUAGAAAUGAUUCCUGAGGGAAUCAGACAGGACAAGGCAAGGACCAUUCUGCAACAUUUGAGCGAGGCCUGGAGAUGUUGGAAAGCGAAUAUUCCAUGGGACGUUCCAGGAAUGCCAAUUCCCGUAAAGAAAAUAAUUGAAAGAUAUGUUAAGGCCAAGGCAGAUGGUUGGGUAUCAGGAGCACACUCGAAUCGUGAACGCAUCAAGAAGGGGACACACGUAGAGAAAACAGCUUUAAAGAAAAACUUAGGCCGAAUGACAAGACUUUGGAUUAAAUAUGAACAAGAAAGACAACAGCAAAUCGAGAAGAAUGGGCCUGAAAUUACGCCUGAUGAAGCCACCGCAAUAUUUUCCACUAUGGUGGACUGGUUGGAGAAAAGAGACUUUUCGCCAAUCCCUUUCCCUCCUUUGGCAUAUAAAAAUGACACAAAAAUACUCGUCUUGACUUUGGAAAACCUAAAAGAUGCUUAUGGUUCGAAAGUGAGAUUGAAUUCUGCUGAACGUGAAGAACUGGCUCUUAUCGAAGCAGCAUAUGAUAAUCCUCAUGAAACACUCAAUAGAAUAAAGAAAUAUCUUUUAACUCAGCGUGUGUUUAAACCCGUGGAAUUAUCUAUGGUGGACCAUUAUCAAAAUAUCGCACCAGUUUAUACUGUUGAUCCUCUCGAGAAAUUAACAGAUUUAUACCUAGAUCAAUAUCUCUGGUAUGAGGCCGAUGAAAGAAAACUGUUCCCCAACUGGAUUAAACCUAGUGACUCUGAAAUACCACCACUAUUGACUUACAAGUGGUGCCAAGGUGUGAACAACCUUUCUGAGGUCUGGGAUGUAUCGAAAGGCCAGUCGACCGUCAUGAUGGAAACUAAGCUCGAAGAAAUGGCUGAGAAAAUUGAUUUCACCUUACUCAAUAGACUAUUGAGAUUAAUUGUUGAUCCCAAUAUUGCUGACUAUAUGACAGCAAAAAAUAAUGUUAUUCUAAAUUAUAAAGACAUGAGCCAUGUUAAUAAGUAUGGUCUCAUCCGAGGUCUUCAAUUUUCUUCCUUCAUAUACCAGUAUUACGGACUGAUGAUGGAUAUUUUAAUGUUGGGAAUUGAUAGGGCGAUGGAUUUCGCUGGUCCCCCCAAUGAUCCUAAUGACUUCUUACAGCUAAAACAUCCAAGUGUAGAAAAGAAGCAACCAAUAAAAUUAUAUGCUCGUUAUCUGGAUACAGUGUAUGUCUUAUUCCAUUUCGAAGAAGAAGAAGCUAAUGAGUUGACAGACGAUUACUUAUCAGAAAACCCUGACCCAAAUUUUUCCAAUGCUGUUGGAUAUAAUAAUAAAAGGUGCUGGCCAAGAGAUGCACGUAUGCGGCUUGUGCGUGAGGAUGUAAAUCUGGGACGAGCUGUGUUUUGGGAAAUGCAAGGCAGAGUACCAGCUUCAUUGACAAAGAUCAAAUGGGAUAAUAGUUUUGUAUCAAUCUACAGCAAAAACAAUCCAAAUCUUUUAUUCUCCAUGUGUGGAUUUGAAGUUCGGAUCCUCCCAAAGCAAAGGACCAACGAGGUGAUUUCUACAGGUGAAGGUGUCUGGGAUUUAAUAGAUGAGCGAACAAAGCAAAGGACCGCCAAAGCCUUUUUAAAGGUAUCACAAGAAGAAAUCGAGAGGUUUGAUAGUAAAAUAAGAGGAAUCCUCAUGGGUUCGGGUUCUACAACUUUCUCUAAAGUUGCCUCCAAGUGGAAUACAGCGCUGCUCUCACUAUUUACCUACUUCAGAGAAGCAAUCGUGGCAACCGAACCUCUACUAGAUAUAUUGGUUAAAUCUGAAACAAAAAUCCAGAAUAGAGUUAAACUAGGGCUUAACUCAAAGAUGCCUACUCGUUUCCCCCCUGCCGUGUUCUACACCCCGAAAGAACUUGGUGGUCUGGGGAUGCUAAGUGCAUCUCACAUCUUGAUCCCUGCUGCUGAUCGCACGUACUCAAGACAAACAGACACUGGCAUUACCCAUUUUCGUGCCGGUAUGACACAUGAUGAUGACAAAUUAAUUCCGACCAUCUUCCGUUACAUUACUACCUGGGAGAAUGAAUUUCUGGAUUCUCAGAGAGUUUGGGCUGAAUACGCAACCAAAAGGCAAGAAGCCAUUCAGGAGAAUCGUAGAAUAGCAUUCGAAGAAUUGGAAAGUUCUUGGGAUAGAGGUAUUCCACGUAUCAGCACUUUAUUUCAGAGGGACCGUCACACAUUGGCCUAUGACAGAGGCCAUAGGAUUCGCAGAGAAUUCAAGCAAUUCUCAUUGGAACGUAAUAGUCCCUUUUGGUGGACUAAUGCUCAUCAUGAUGGUAAGCUUUGGAAUUUGAAUGCUUACAGGACAGAUGUCAUUCAAGCCCUUGGUGGUAUUGAAACAAUCCUAGAACACACUUUGUUCAAAGGCACAGGUUUCAGCUCUUGGGAAGGAUUAUUUUGGGAAAAGGCUGCUGGAUUUGAGGAUUCCAUGCAAUUCAAGAAACUAACGCACGCCCAGAGAACUGGUUUAAGCCAAAUUCCAAAUAGAAGAUUCACACUUUGGUGGUCACCCACUAUUAAUAGGGCAAAUGUUUACGUGGGCUUUUUAGUUCAAUUGGAUUUGACAGGAAUUUUUCUACACGGUAAGAUUCCCACUCUAAAGAUCUCACUGAUUCAAAUAUUCAGAGCUCACUUAUGGCAAAAGAUUCAUGAAAGCAUUGUAUUCGAUUUAUGUCAAAUAUUAGAUGGACAGCUUGAUGUUUUGCAGAUCGAGAGUGUUAACAAAGAAGCUGUUCACCCUCGUAAAUCCUAUAAAAUGAACUCAUCUGCCGCGGACAUAACGGUAAACAGUAUCCACCAGUGGGAAGUUUGCAAACCGUCUUUACUUCAUGCAACUAACGAUAAUUUUAAAGCUGCAUUGACUGACAAAAUGUGGGUGGAUGUACAACUACGUUAUGGUGAUUAUGACUCGCAUGACAUUUCUAGAUAUGUUCGUGCGAAGUUUUUGGAUUAUACUACUGACAGUGUCAGUAUGUAUCCAUCUCCUACGGGUGUCAUGGUUGGAAUCGACCUAGCCUACAACAUGUAUGAUGUUUACGGAAAUUGGUUCAACGGAUUAAAACCUUUAAUGCAAAAUAGUAUGAGAACCAUUAUGAGGGCAAACCCUGCCCUUUAUGUUCUUCGUGAAAGAAUACGGAAGGGUCUACAAAUCUAUCAAUCCAACGUUCAAGAACCAUUUUUGAACUCAUCAAACUACGCGGAACUGUUCAAUAAUGAUACUAAGCUUUUUGUGGAUGAUACCAACGUUUACAGGGUUACUGUACAUAAAACUUUCGAAGGAAAUGUCGCAACAAAGGCUAUUAACGGUUGUAUUUUUACAUUGAAUCCGAAAACAGGGCAUCUAUUCCUUAAGAUCAUCCACACCUCUGUUUGGGCUGGUCAAAAGCGGUUGAGUCAACUAGCUAAGUGGAAGACUGCAGAAGAAGUUAGUGCCUUAGUGAGAUCUCUUCCAAAAGAAGAGCAACCAAAGCAAAUUAUUGUCACUCGUAAAGCAAUGUUAGAUCCCCUGGAAGUUCAUAUGUUAGAUUUCCCCAACAUUUCAAUAAGACCAACAGAAUUGAGGCUACCAUUUGCGGCUUCCAUGGCAAUUGACAAGCUGUCAGAUACCGUGCUCAAAGCUACAGAGCCGCAAAUGCUUUUGUUCAAUAUAUAUGAUGAUUGGUUAGAAAGAGUUUCCUCUUACACGGCUUUCUCAAGAAUUAUUCUGCUUUUAAGGGGAUUGAAAACGAAUGAAGAGAAGGCCAAAAUGAUAUUGCUGGGAGAUCCAACUAUUCCAAUCAAGUCACAUCAUUUAUGGCCUUCAUUUACUGAUGAACAAUGGAUUGAAGUCGAGUCCAAGAUGCGUGACUUGAUUCUGGAGGAAUACAGCAAAAAGUACAACGUCAAUAUCUCCUCAUUAACUCAAACCGAAAUCAAGGACUUGAUACUUGGCCAGGAUGUCAAGGCUCCAUCAGUGAGAAGACAAAAGAUGGCGGAGCUGGAAGCCGCCAAGAAUGAUUCCACAAGGGAUGACGAGCUGGAAACUGGUGCAUCCACGGUAAUGAAGACAAAGACUGUGAAUGCCCAAGGUGAAGAAAUUGUCGUUGUAACAUCCGCCAACUAUGAAAACCAAGCGUUCAGUUCCAAGAACGAGUGGAGGAAGAACGCUAUUGCUAACAGCUUAUUAUACUUACGUUUAAGAAACAUUUACAUUGCAUCAGAAGAUUUCAUAGAGGAAAAGCCAGUAUUCGUUCUACCAAGGAAUUUGCUCAAAAAGCUAGUGGAAAUUUCAGACGUAAAAAUACAGGUGGCGGCUUAUCUUUAUGGUUCGUCUCCUGCAGAUCAUCCAAACAUCAAGGAAAUUAAAACAAUCGCCCUGAUACCGCAACUGGGGAACAGUAAGGCUGUUCAAUUGGGUAAGAUCCCUAAUGGUGAUACAAAUCCACAGUUGGACGGAUUAGAACUGUUAGGUUGGAUCCAUACUCAGACUGAAGAUAUAAAGUUUAUGACUGCCUUCGAUGUGGCAACUCAUGCAGAUCUGUUCAGCUCUGUUAAACGUGAAGCCAUUGAUUUGACAGUUUGCCUGGCACAAGGAUCUGUUUCAUUAGCCGCAUACAAUCUAACAGAUGAAGGUUAUUCUUGGGGAAUUCAGAACAAGGACGUUAUAACAACAACACCAGAGGAAUUUGAUCCAAGUUAUAGCGAACACGCACAAUUAUUACUCUCUGAACGUAUUAUGGGUAACUUUUUAGUGCCUUCUACAGAUGUUUGGAAUUUCACUUUCAGUGGUGCAACAUUUGAUCCAAGCUUGGACUACGAAUUAAAAGUUGGUAUCCCGCUGGAAUUCUACAACGAAAUGCACAGAGUUAUACAUUUCAUGCAAUUUAACGAAUUGGCUGGUGAUGAAGCAUUAGAAGCCGAGCAAGAAGAUGUACUUGCUUGA